AUGCACAAGGAUCUGAACACCAUUGAGCAGCAUUUAAAGUACUGCAAGCGUGCCAGCGCCAUGGCGACCCUGCUGGUUGGGAAGCUGUUGGAAGGAGAGAUUGAAGAGCUGCCGGACUUGUCGGACGCUGAGAAGGUGAUGGAGAAGUAUCGCCUGGACGAUGAUGCAAAGUCGAAGCUGCGUGAAAUCAUCGAGAAGCGGGCGGAGGACAAGGACGAGGUCCUGGUGAAGAUCAAGAAGCACCUGGACAACUGUGCGAAUCCGUCGUCGAUGAUUUGCAAGAUCGCCAGGCCGCUGAUUGACAACGAGAACUUGCCAGAUCCGCCCGAUCGUCCGCAAAAGGGCGGCGAAAAGGGCGAGGGCUGCUAG